AUGAGCGAGCAAGCUGACGCAACACACCUCCUACCUGCGCCUGAAUCCAAGGACGCUACCAAAAUCCACGUUGGCUCAGAGCAAGGAGCCAAAUUCGACGCCCUAGGCCCAUUGGUGGUGAACAGUGAUGGGACGCUCUCCCGCAUCGCUAAUUGGCCAAACAUGACCGAGGCUGAGAGGAAGCGUACCGUGCGCGUGCUAGGUGCACGGAAUAAACUCCGAAUUGCAGAUCAGGAGAAGAAGGAGCAAGACCUAGGUUCGGAACCUAGUUCAUGA